AUAAUGUCCGCCGAUACAAAGCCCCUUGAGCCCGAAAAGCCCAUUAGCGAUGAGGAACAGCUAGCCGCUCUGGGCCAUGUCCAAGAGCUACGCCGAGAGUUCUCAUUGUGGUCAAUUGUGUGCCUCCAGAUCUCUUUAAUGGCAACUUGGGAGGCACUCUCCUCGGUUGUGGCAACCGCGUUGACCAAUGGUGGCCCACCGUGUCUCUUUUACAAUUAUAUUAUUUCUUUGGCUGGCACCGUGCUGGUCGUGCUUUCGCUGGGCGAGAUUGCUUCUAUUUAUCCCACUGCCGGCGGGCAAUACCAUUGGGUCUUUUGCCUUACUCCUGUAUCGUAUCAAUCAACUGCGGCCUGGUUUACUGGUUGGAUUUCAAUUGGCGGACAACUGGUACUGACGGCAUCGGCGGCGUUUGCAGCUGGGCUGCAACUGCAAGCCCUCAUCACGAUUAACCAUAUGGACUCCUAUAUCCCACGUCGCUGGCAGGGGAUGCUCUUUUAUUGGCUCAUCCUGGUGUAUUCGGGCAUGAUUAACAUUUGGGGGUCCAAGAUUCUUCCGCACACGAAUACUGCAGCCGGUAUAUUGCAUGUCAUUGGUUUUCUCGCUAUUGUAUCUGUGUUAGGGGCUAUGUCGUCCAAGCAUUCGGGAGAGUACGUAUUUACGGAGUUCUCCAAUUCCAGUGGUUGGGACAACAAUGGCGUGUCCUGGUUGGUCGGGCUGCUGAGCACCGUGUACCCUUUCCUAGGAUACGAUGCUGCAUGUCAUCUCAGUGAAGAGCUUCCCAAGCCAUCUCGCAAUGUUCCACUGGCUAUGGUGGGUAGUGUUGCCAUCAAUGGGAUCAUCGGCUUGGUAUAUGCCAUUGUGCUGUUAUUUGCCCUUGGCGACCUUGAGUCUUUACUCAAAUCCAAGAUCGGAUUUCCAUUCAUGCAACUUUUUCUGAACGUGACGGGCUCGCCUACUGGGGCAUCACUUCUGGCUCUCUGUGUUACCUUGAUUGCUGUGGCCGCUAACUCCGCCGGGGUCACCUCAACUAGUCGCACAGCCUGGGCAUUUGCUCGGGACCGCGGUCUGCCCGCAUCCAGCUUUCUGUCAAUUAUCAAUCCGAUGCUGAAGGUCCCUGUACGCAUGGUUGUGCUGGUGGUUUUCCUCCAGAUGCUGCUCGGACUGAUUUAUCUGGGUAGCUCGACCGCUUUUAACGCCGUGUUGUCUAUGGCCAUCCUGGGCAUGUACGCAUCGUACCUGCCGCCAAUCUUCUUCAUGUUAGCUUACGGUCGACGCUCUUCCCCGUCGAUCACGCACGGAUUGGGGUCGGGUUCCUUCACCUUGGGCCCGCGAUGGGGACCAGUGAUCAAUGUCAUGGCCAUCCUAUGGCUGUUACUUGCAAUGGUGUUCAGCACGUUUCCUACUGUGGAACCAGUGACACCGGUCAACAUGAACUACUGCGUGGUCGUAACGAUGGGAUGGAUGUUGAUUGGUGGGUUGUAUUAUUAUCUGGGCGGUAAAAAGCGAUUCACGGGGCCUGUAGUAGAGCUAGCCGAGGGUCAUAUAAGUGAAAUGUCAGUGCCCUUAGCUACCCCACUCUGGAUAUCCCUAACUCCCCGCACAAACCCUAAAGUGGCCGUGUCCAAGGUCACCAACUUUCUCGCAAUUAUGCCAAAUAUCAAGACCAUUUAUAUCCCCCAUCUGGGGGGUAUCGAUGCAGCCUAUCAAAUGCCGAAGCCAUACGACCGCACCAAGCCAACUCUCGUUUUGAUAAAUGCAUUUACCACCUCGUCUGAGUUUUUCAGUGCGCAAUUUGGAAACUCCAAGUUGACCGAUACCGUUAACCUGUUGGCCAUCGAGCUGCUGGGCCACGGUCAGACGCGCGUAGCUCGCGAGCAUUGGACAUACUGGGAUUCGGCAGAGAUGAACCUUCAAGUAUUGGACGCGCUGGACAUUGAGAAAGCAUUUGUGCUGGGUGUCAGCCAAGGCGGCUGGGUCGCAGUGCAGAUGGCGCUGAUGCGGCCCGAGAAGAUAAUCGGUAUUGUUCCUGUAGGAACAUCGAUGGAUAACGAGUCGGAGCGCAGUCGCCAGCUGCAGUGCUGGGAUGGACCGACGAUCCUGACGGGCUUUGUCAACCAGUGGAGCAGCAGUCAGCCUACAUUGGAUUUUGAGCCCGACCUGGGAUUCUGUGACGCGCUUAUUGAUGUCGGGUUCAACCAGUGUCCUGAUGAGGUGCGCAAGUUCUGGAGGGCGACAAUCAAGUCCAACUAUCGUGGAGAUGAGGGCCGGCGCCGUAUGCGCAUGGCAGCCGUCAACCUUGCGGAGCGCGGAAGCCUCCAUCUCCGACUGCCAGAUGUUCAGUGCCCGGUCAUGUGGCUGCAUGGCACCGAAGAUGCCGUGUUCUCCAUGGCAAAUGCCAAAGAAGAGAUUGGGAUGUUUACCCGCUCACCAGACGCGCGCUUGGUCGGCAUCGACGGAGGAGCGCAUUUCCUGAACCAUGUCCACGCAGCAGAAGUUGAUGCAGCCGUUUUGAACUUCGUUUCCAAGUAUAGCAAGUGA